GUGUUGCUUCCGGAUAUGAAAAACAUCUCAGUAACAAAGCACAUGGAAAAGUAAGACACUUUUUAAAAAUGUAUUCUGUAGUAAACGCGUUUUACGAACACAAUGCACGGUUGCCAUGACAACGGAGGAGCAGUGCCGGAGAGUUGCUUUUUGUCCGACUGAAGUCGCGAAGUGGCUGGACAGCGCUUUUGACAUGGCAAAAGAUGCCUUGGACAAUGGAGAAGUUCCAGUGGGAUGUUUGAUGGUCCACAAAAACAAAGUGGUUGGGAGUGGACGGAAUGAAGUCAACGAGACCAAAAAUGCCACACGGCAUGCAGAAAUGGUGGCGCUGGACCAGCUCCUGGAGUGGUGUCGCCUUGGCAACCAGGAAGUGAGGCGCGUGUGCGAGCAGACUGUUUUGUACGUCACGGUGGAGCCGUGCAUCAUGUGCGCCGCCGCACUCCGCCUGAUGAAUGUUCCGGUGGUGGCGUACGGCUGCUGGAACGAGCGCUUCGGCGGCUGUGGCUCCGUCCUGGACGUCGCCUCGGCGGAGCUACCUCGCACAGGAACCUCUUUCAAGUGCGUCUCAGGCCACAGAGCAGAGGAAGCUGUGGAGAUGCUGAAGAUGUUCUACAAGCAGGAGAACCCCAACGCCCCCAGGCCCAAAACCAGGAAGGAGUGAGACAGAUUUUUCCCAAAAUUAUGUUUGUAUUUGUCUUUUUCUUUUGUAAUAAAAUAUCGACCCUAGUGAGCGGAAAAUGAAUCAGUCGCAUGUUUGAAAUAGGGACACUUUGAGUGAGCUGCCAGCAGGGGGAGCACCCGAUUAUUUAAAUCUUUAAUUUGUUUGAAAUGUAACCGUGUGCAGCUUCCAAGGGUUACAUUUGCUUUCAGUAAGCUUCCCUUUCCAUGUUUUGAGUUUGAGCUUCGAUAUUUUCACGUGUUCCCAUUCCAUUGAAUAUUACUUGAACGCACAUUCCAAAAAAGCUAAAUUGUGAUGGGGACGCACUUUGGCUUAUUAGCAUGCAAAUAUAUGCAAAUUUAUGCCGAGUAUUUGAGCGUUAGGAUGUGUCACCUCAAGGAGGAGAUGUGUUAAGAAGAGAAACACGUCACAUUUAAAAACAAGCACAGUAUAAUACAAGAUGUCACUCUUUGUAAAGGUGAGACAACAUCACCCAGGAAAAUAGAUAUUUCUUUGAUAUUGUUAUUUUGAGUGGCUUUAGACAUGAAAUUUUAGUUGUGUGUUUAUUUGUGGCUUUUAUUUUGACACAGAGGGUAGUGUUGAUGUUAUUCUUAUCACGUCUUUUAAGCGUGAAAAUAAAAAUUGUUUUAAACAUGACAUAAUGCUCCACCCGUCUGGCAUACAAAUUUAACAUACCCGUCUUCUGUUUUCUUUUUAUAAAUAAGGUGGUCAAAAUAUACACAGCUAUCAGUGUGAUGAUUGAUUUUUUUUUUAUUUAUUUUUUUUAAAGUGACUUUUGGGUUGUUUGAAUUUGGAAUUGUUUGAUUUUUGAGGUAUUCGAUUUGUAAGGCAUUUGACUUUGGAGGUCUUUGACUUUUGAGGCAUUUGACUUUUGGACCAUCUCUGAAUUUUAGGUUGUUUGAUUUCUGAAUGAUUUGACUUUUAUGGCAUGUGACUUUUGAGAGGUUUCACUUCCGGGGCGUUGGACAUUUGAGUUUUAAUUUUGGAGCAUCUCUGAAUUUUGGAUUGUGUGACUUCUGAAUGAUUUGACUUUUAGGGCAUCUGACUUUAGAGGCGUUUGAGCUUUUGAUGUGUUUGACUUUUGAGGCAUUUAGCUAUUGUGGCCUUUGAUUUUUGAAGCGUUUGAAUUUUGAGGUGUUUGACCUAUUGGGUGUUGGACAUUUGAGAUGUUUCAGUUCUGGGACAUGAGACUUUUUAGGUGUUUGACUUUUGGGGUGUUUGAUUUUUGAGGUGUUGAACUUUUGAAAUUUUUCCACCUUUGGGUCAUUGGGACUUUUGAGUUGUUUUGACUUUUGGACCAUCUCUGACUUUUGUGUUUUUUGACUUUUGAAUUAUUUGACUUUUCAGUUAGUGAGUGUUUGAAUUUUGAUGCGUUAUAAUAUCUUUGUAAGCACAAUUUUUUAAAAUUGAGCUCUGGUGAGAGGAAACGGACAAAAAGGAGGAAGAAACGACAGAAAGCAACUUCAUGGAUUUUGGAUUUAUUGUUCCAUGUUUGUCAUGUGACUCUUCACCAUUCAAGUUCAGUAGUUUGGUUAAAGCUCAUGUUAAACAUUAAAACCCGACCCAAAAAAUAGUUAAUGUGCAGUUCCGCAUCCUGUUUAUUCGUCCAUCACCGAGCAACACGGCCCCCUUUAGCAUUCCCCCCCCCCCCUCCAAACAAAAACCAAUAAAAAGUUGUAACUUCACCCGUAAGAAUGUUUGCUAUCUUGCCAAAGCAUCCCCGUACACGACAAUGUCAUAUGCCAUUAAAUUCGCUAUGUAACCUGUUAUCAUGUAACUAGAUAUGAGUCAAUGUGCUGUGUUGCAGUGACUCCAGUAGCGCCCCCUGCAGAUCAAUGACUAUUAUCACCACCAAGUAACACUUUUAAUGACCUAGGACAGGUGGUGUCAAACUCAUUUAUGUCGUGGGCCACAUUGUAGUCCCGGUUUCCCUCAGAAGGCCGUUGUCACCUCAUAAUAUUACUACAUAAACACAAGUUGAUGGAUACCUAGUUUUGAAAUCACAAGUCAAGGAUAAUAGUUUGUUCAACUAUUGUUCAAGUUACUGUCAACAGAAAAUGCUUGCAAUGUCUCAACAAUACUAUUUAUUAUUAUUUUAUGAUAAUUUUUUUCAUGGAAGUUGACACAGAUGAUUUGCUUUCGCGGGCCACAUGAAAUGACUUAGCGGGCCAGAUUUGGCCCCCGGGCCUUGAGUUUGACACCUGUGACCAAGGACAUCCAACGUAAUAAUAAAAAUGUCACAAAAUGAGUAGGUAAGAAAUAUUAAGUGCAGCUAUGUUGAUCUGUAAGCUUCAUAGGAGUUCAACAUUGUUCAUCGUUACGUUGUCAUAACAGUGGGGUAUUGCCUUGAGAUACAAGUUUAAUUUGUUCCGUGACCAUGCUCUUAACUCAAAAGGACUUGCAUCUCUUAUCAUCUUUCCCCAUUGAGAGGAAUGGAAAUACCAUUGAUCUGGUCCAGCCUUCCCCCCUAAAAAAACACUCAGAUAGGCGCCAGCACAGCGACCCUAGUGAGGAUCGUAAGGAGAAAAACAGCGUUCUAUAAUAUUGUGCUUUAUUAAAACAGAGUAAUGACAGAAAAGUUUUUGUCGCACUGAAUCAAUUAAAUAGCCAUUGUGCUGCUCUUUCUGGUGUGCCCACCUUAGUCACCUGGGGGCAGUUUAAGACAUACAGAUGGGUAUACUGUUCAUUGAGACAUCAUAACUCCUCCCAACUCAUCAGUACUGCACUAAUAUUGGUCAUUCUAGGCAGAGGAUAAAGAAUAUAUGACUAAGUACUGUUAUAUUGUCUGUCUACGUGUUGCUGCACCAUUUGUGUUCAGCCCAUUGCUUAAACAGUUGUAGCACCGCACCAGUAGGUGCUAAUUAGCGUUCGCCUUAAACUAGCGGAUUGAAAGACGAAACUAUGUGACUGUUUCCAAUGCAAUGUGUAAUUCUGCUUUUGUGUUUAGAUUUACAGUAAACAACUGGGAGUGCCAAUAAACAGUUGGAAGUCCCUUUAAAAAAAAUAAAAAAAUAAAUAAAUCACUUAUAUUGUGCUUAUAUGGUGAAGUGAGUUGAGUUCACUACGACCACACAGCACUCAAAUCUAAAAUUUUUGAAAAACGCCAAAUGACGGCUUGUAUCUCAAGACAACGCUGUACAUAAUAAAUAUGUAACAAGAGAUUUGGAAAGCCCUUGUCAUGACCUUUAAUACGAGCUAUAAGUCCAUGUGGGCAGCACAGUGACCGGUUAGUACGUCUCAUCUCACAGUCAAAAGGUUCUGGGUUUGAAUCUCAGUUCAGGCCUUCCUGUGUGGAGUUCGCAUGUUCUCCCUGUGCUCUAGUGGGGUUUCAUGCACUAAGUUUCAUUCAAGACUAAAUUGUCCUUAGAUGUGAUAGCUUGUCUAUAUGUGCCCUCCUAUUGGCUGGCGACCAAAGUCAGCUGGGUUAAGACUAAAGCUCAUCUGUGACUUCAUUGAGGAAACAUUAGAAUGGAUGAAGUCAAAGUGGUUUGGUUUCACAUUGAUUUCUGAGCGUGUCCCAGUCAACCUUGAUCUAAAGGCUCUUUGCCCCUGUAGGUGAUGUUUUUGAGUUAGUCCAUCAACAGGUGAGGACAUCAUGACAAAAUAAAGCCAGAGCUGUCACCAAGACGUUUAAUUUGACACGACUCAAUGUGCUUUCAUGAAUAUUCAUGCUGACCUGUCUGUGUGUGUGUGUGUACCUGUGUGGAUGGGAAAAGGUGUGGGUGUGUGUAUACUUGUCAGUAUUAGAUGACCCUCAUCAAGACCUUUAAUAUGGAAAUGUGCUUUCAUGAAUAUUCAUGUUGACCUGUCCCUGUGUGCGUGUACCCUGUGUGCAAGAGUGAAGUUGCAUUUGUGUACGUUUCUGUGUGUGCGUGUGUGUCUGUCUGUCUGUCUGUUAGUACUGGAUAACCAACCCUCAUCAAGAGAUUUAACAUGACAUAUGACUCAAAACUUCCUUAAUGAAUAUUCAUUUUGACCUAUUUGUGUCCAUGUGAAAGUGGUUUGUGUGUCUGUUGCUUU